GGAAGAUUCCCGCUGCAAUCACGACCGUUGAUUUAUCUUUUUCUUUAUCGCUCGCACACUAACAAGAUAGUCGCCGCGGGGAUCAGCAGCAUACGAGACAUGCAUACGGUGCGCAGUGUAGCAGGUAAGCGCCAAGAAACCUAGCUGAACGGUCGUACGUACAGGCGUACUAGCUGUGUUUGUAAUCUCCGCUGAGUGGAAGCGGCCUUACACCAUAUCAAUUGGCUGAACUGAAGACAUCGUUCCAUCUCAGUCGCCAAGCCGCUGUGGAUAAUCUACAAUCUUCAUACUUCGUGGAAGUGACUCCGUAAUUUUACAGCUAAGUGAACUUUUACGUACACUCCAAAUGGAGAUGAAGACUAUCGUCAAAAAGCGCAGUCUCGUUGAAGAUGCGCAAAGCGAUACAAACGCAAGUGACAAUUGCGAAACUCCAGCUGCAACUAGCUGCGCUGCGGAGGAGACUCAACAUAGCGAGGCACCGAAGGCCGAAGGAACGCUGAAACCAGGCUCGCAGAUACGGCCAGUAGUAACCGAAGAGGAGGUGCGCAAACUAGCCGAACGUCUUUAUGGAAUCAUUGUGCUGGAAAUGUGCGAGCUCGAUUCAUACGAUGACCGCAAUUUCAUGAUCCAGGCCGACAGUUAUGUGAAAAAUCCAAUACUGAAAUCAAUCAGCCCGAGCGGUUACGUGAUGAAGAUAGCGAACUCGCUUGAUUCGAGCGAUGAAUCGUUCUUUCAUGCGCAAAAUGAGAUCAUGCUGCAUCUAAACAAGCGUGGCAUCAAAUGCCCUGUACCGGCGCAGAACAUUUACGGCAAGCACCAUUCGAUGGAGAAACUGGGCGAAUCGAAGCACGUCGUACGGCUGUUGGAAUAUAUACCGGGAAAGGUGUUUCACGGUGUACCUCAUCCGGACAGCUUGUUUUACCAGGCAGGACAGUUUAUUGCACGGAUUGAUUCCGCAUUGAAGUCUAUAGAUAAGGAAAAGGUUAUGAAACGACAAUCCAUUUGGAUGCUGGACAAUUUUCCUCAGCUGAAAGAUUUCCUCUACGUAAUAAAAGACGAACACCAUAAAGAUAUCGUCGAACAGGUGCUGGAUGCAUUUCAACGACGUGUUAUUCCGAAUUUGAACGAGUGCGAACAGGGUGUAAUCUACGGUGAUUUCAAUGAGCACAAUGUAAUUGUUAACAAAAAGCCAUCGAACAGCAAAGAGUAUGAAAUAGUUGGCAUAAUCGAUUUUGGUGACGUGUGCUACUCUCGCUACGUGUUCGAGCUGGCCAUUGCAAUGACGUACAUGAUUUUGGAAGCAAACGAUCCGAAUAUUGGAGGGCUGGUGAUGGCCGGGUACAGCAUGAUUCGGUUGAUUCCCCCACAUGAAAAGGAAAUACUGAGGGUUUGCAUCGCAGCCCGUCUUUGCCAAAGCCUUGUUCUAGGACUGUACACAGCUACAGUGGACUCAAGCAAUCAAUACAUUCUUUCCUCACAAACCCGUGGAUGGAACGUGCUGGAAUCACUGUGGAGCGAAACCGAUAAAGAUAUUUUGGAGCGAUGGAAUUCAAUUGCUGAGGAAUAUUUAACAUGUAGCUCAUGAGAUGCGGAAUGGAACAGAUAGGUUAUUUGAGUCAAUUGGGCAUGUCAUAUGCAUCCCUGCUAUAGUAAUAAAUGUGAAAGAUGUAUUUGGAAGCAAUAUCUGAAAGAUCAAUUAGGAGAAAUAGUAAUGCAGCAAUAAUUUUAGAGAAAGUGGCAUUUAAAUAGCGAAUGCGCUUGAAAAACCAAUAAGAAAACAAUAAACUUGCUUUUGUGCACUAUUGUGCUCUUUUAGACGGCUUACAUAGCGAUUUUUGAAAUGAAGAAAAUUCGUUAUUAUUGGGAUGAAACAAUAAUGCAUUGGUAUCGGCAUACCACCAAUAUACUAUCUUUACACAUUGCAGGAACUCCUGCAUCUGUUCCAUUCAAAAUAUAGUUAUGUUUUAUAUCACCCUGUCCGUACUAUGUCAUGCUUGCUGCAUAAUAUUGUUUUAAAAUAAAUUGACUAUGA